AUGAUCGAUGUAGAAGAACUUAGUGAUUUUGAGGGAGAAUUCUCUGAUGAUGCAGUUGAUGGGUCUGAUUCAAGAUUGGAUAGGACAGAUGAGGAUGAGUUAGACAGGACAGGGAAUGAUUUUGAGUUUGAAGCCGAAGUUCCUGAGGAAGGAGAGAUAGACACUUUAAAAGAUACCCCAAAUCCAAUGCUCAAUAGGAAAAAUAAGUCCCAGAUGGUAGUAAAGAACCAGAUGCUUAGAGCCAGUGUGAAGCAGAAAAGACGGAGGUCCAUUGCUCAUAAAUAAAACAGUGAAUGAACAGACUCAUCACAAGCCAUUAGCCUUUAAACUAAAUAAUAAGGAGAACUUAUGUAAGCAUCAGGCAAGUAGGAGUCACACCUUGAUCAACGAUGCCAUUGCUCUCCCUUUGACGAAGGAAGAUAUGAUCAGGCUUAAUUGCCAGAAAGAGAAUUAAGAAUAAACUAAACGUGAUGACGGCUGUCGUGCUAAGACUAAGACAGGAUGCCAUUAAUGAGAUGAUCACGGGGAUCAAUGAUGAGUAUAUCUAUAAGUUUAGGAACGCAAGGACUUUAACAAAAAUCGAAAUUCUUCAGGAUAAAAGAAAAAGAUGCCUGUUCACAAGUGGAGAUGGCUUCAGGGUAAAAUGGGACCUCCUGGUCAUCUUCCUUGCUGUUUAUAGUUGCUUUGUGGUGCCUAUACAAGUAGCAUUUGAGCCUUCCUUUGACCAGAGCCUAUUCUUCAUUAUCCCUGAUCUUUUUGUGAAUAUGGUUUUCUUUAUUGAUAUACUGAUUUCUUUCCGAACAACUUAUAUCCAUUCAAAGACUGGGGAAGAAAUCACAGACUUGAGGAUAAUUGGUAAGAACUAUCUAAAGUGCAGAUUCUGGCUAGAUUUCUUGGCAAUAAUUCCUUUUGAUUACAUCGGGAAAAUGUUAGUUUCUAAAAGCUCUAGUGGGCUCUUGCAGUUAUUUUCAUUACUAAAAUUGGUUAGAGUCCUCAGACUUGGUAAACUUAUAUCGAUUAUGAAGGUGAAAGACGACAUUAAGUUAUCCCUCAGGCUUCUGAAGCUUAUCUUCUUUCUGUGAAUAUACCUCCAUUGUCUUGGAUGAGUUUGGUAUUACAUAGUUAUUAAAAAGAAACAAUGGUUACCUCCUCUUGAUUAUGUAUAUGUAAACACUACAUUUUAUAAUCAAGAAUGGGAUUUUAAAUAUUUCAUGUCUCUUUUUCAUGCAGUGAUGAUGUUCUCAGGUAAUGAUAUCGGUCCAAGAACAACAUUUGAAAUAAUUUUUGUGUCUUUCUUUGUAGUUAUGGGAGCAAUUCUUAAUGCAAAUCUCUUUGGUCAAUUAACUGUUAUUCUUUCUACAAUGAAUAGAAAAGCUUCGCUAUUCCAAGAGAAAUUUGAUAUUACAACUACAGCUAUGAAGAACCUCAACUUGCCAGAGAAUUUACAAACUAAGGUCACUGGAUUCUUGACUUUCACAGAAAGUUUUCAAGAAUCUCAAAAAGAAUUAAAGUCGUUCUUGGAUAUUAUUUCUCCUUCUCUGAGGCAAGAAGUUGUCCAAUACAUUUUCUCCGAAACCUUGAAGUUUAACCCAAUUUUUAAGGGCCAACCUUUACUGAUUGAUUAUAUGACCAAGAAGCUUGUGAUAGAGAUUCAUAUGCCUGAAGACCAAGUGAUCACACAGGGAGAGACUGGCACAAACAUUUAUUUUAUAGCAAAAGGAGAAUGUGAAGUCUUUGUCACAGAUCAUAACUCGCUUACUGAUAUUGCCAGGAAGGUCAAACCUGGAGAUUUAUUUGGUGAAGUUGCCAUUUUAUGUGGUUCUCGAAGAACUGCUAGCGUAAAGACCACUAACUACUCUACCCUCGCGUUUGUCUGUAAGCCAACUUUCAAGGAUAUGUGACAACAAUUCCCUGAUAUUGUUGAGAAAAUGAAGCAGAAUUUGAAGAAAUACCAGGAUAGGUUGAAGCUAUUUUGCAAAUACAGUAUCAAGGAAAUUCCUUUUUUUAAAAGACUUAGUGAGGAGUCAAUAGAGGAAGUGACUUAUCAUCUCCAGCAGAAAUAUUAUGACGCAAAUGACAUUAUUUUCAGAGAAGGUAAUGCCGUUGAUAAUCUCCUUAUCAUCACAAGAGGAGAGGUUGACUUGAUCCUGAAGGUAGAGGAUCACGAAUUAGUCCUGCAUAAUCUCUACCAAGGAUGCUAUAUGGGAGGAUACAAAGUUCUUAAAGACAGUAUUUACAGUCAUACUGCUCGAGCUGUAACCAGUGUGACUCUUCAUUCCUUGAGUAAGGAUAGUAUAUCCUUGCUCCAAAAGAACCUGCCUGAUUUCAACCAUGCUAUUGAAAAAGCAAGGAUAUUCAUCGACAACACUUCCGAUCCAUUUAUUGGCUUUGGAAUGUUCAGAUCUAAAGAAACUUCUCUGACACCAAUAAAAUUGUUCAAAAUGGCAGUCAUUAAAGUCCUCAAAAUCAAUCGGGAUCUCAAAGAAGCCGGUAUUAAGGAAGGUGUUCCAGACAUCCUCAAACGAACAGUCAUAGGAUACUAUAAUGAGGAAGAGGAAGGCAGAAAACCACAUAAUUAUCAAAAAACUUCUCUCAAGAUUCUUCAAAAACUGACCAAGAAAAUAGACUUCCUUGAGAGGCACAUCAAAACUCUUGAAAAGGAGGUUAAAAAUGGAGCCAAAUAUCAAAAUAGGUCUCAUCGUUUGUUCAAGCAGCUCAGAAUGGAAAAGAACAAUACAAACACAUGUACGAGUACAGAAUAACCUUUAUAGCUCUAGAUAAAAAAUUGAUGAAUCCCACACUAGAUAAAUUGUAGGAAAGCUGAAUUAAUUUAUAGAAAUGGUCCCAUGAAUAUGAACAAUUCACGCUACUCUUUUCACAUGAACGCAACAGAGGAGUCAAAAAUAGAUGAGCAUACUCUUGAAGAUUACUCUUCAAGUGAAGAAAGUAUCAGUGUUAGCAAGACAAACUCAACGAGCCAGUUUCAGGAACAGAAUAAUCUAACUAAAAAGAAGAGUGAAAUCUCAAUGGGUAUUCUGUAUAGUAACCAACUCAAGGACAAAAAGGCUAUUUAUAGUGGAGAAAGUUUUGGCAAAAAGCCGGAUGAAAGAUAAACUUUAUAAAUACUAUAAUUCAAUUAAUUAUUAUAUUUAG